CGCACACCAUCCACUUUCUCCCAACCGUCAGCGGCGGCUGCGGUCGGUGACGAUCGCCAUGUUGAUGCUGGGCAGAGGGCUGGAUGCCAGGGAUAACCAGACCAAGCAAAUACGGGAAGCUGUUUCAAAUGUGGAAAAACAUUUUGGUGAAUUAUGCCAAAUAUUUGCAGCAUAUGUACGAAAAACUGCCAGGCUACGAGACAAAGCAGACCUCUUAGUAAAUGAGAUACAUGCUUAUGCAGCUACAGAAACACCAAAUUUAAAACUUGGAUUGAAAAAUUUUGCAGAUGAGUUUUCCAAGCUUCAGGAUUAUCGCCAAGCAGAGGUGGAAAGACUUGAGGCUAAAGUUGUUGAACCUCUGAAAUGUUAUGGGACCAUCAUAAAACUUAAAAGAGAGGAUCUCAAAGUAACUUUAACAGCGAAGAACAGAGAAGCAAAACAAUUAUCUCAACUGGAGAGGACCCGUCAACGAAAUCCAUCUGAUCGGCAUAUUAUUUCGCAGGCUGAAAGUGAAUUACAGAGAGCCUCUCUGGAUGCAACUAGAACAAGUCGGCAGUUGGAGGAAACAAUUGAUAAUUUUGAAAAACAAAAAAUAAAAGAUAUUAAGAACAUACUUUCAGAAUUCAUUACAAUUGAAAUGUUAUUUCAUGGAAAAGCCUUAGAAAUUUAUACUGCUGCAUUUCAAAAUAUACAAAAUAUUGAUGAGAAUGAAGAUUUAGAGGUAUUUCGGAGUUCACUUUAUCCACCAGAACAUCAAACCCGUUUGGAUAUUGUUCGUGCAAAUUCUAAAUCUCCCCUUCAGAGAACUGGUUCUUCCAGAACUUGUACUGGAAUAGUUCAGAUUGCUAGGAAUCGCCUUAAGGAGGAAGAGGCAGAGGAAGAAGAAGAGGAGGAAGAUGAAGAAUCAGAAACCACUAAGGAGGAAAGAUAGCUUUUGCCACAAAGCAUUCCUCAGAUUAAAAAUACUAAUUGUAUUUA